CGGAACGCCAUUCACAAUCACCCUUGAGCUAUUUCUCUCCAGCAACUCCACUUCAGCCAUGUCUCACAAAACCCAAGAGCCCGUCAUCACCAAAACCUCCGACCUCCCAGUCGAUGAGGCCAAGUGGAUAGCCCUCAAGAAGAUCGAAUAUGUCGACCAAGUCGGAAAGGCGCGAACCUGGGAGGUUGCUACGAGAAAGACCAGAGGCAAAGCUGGUGUGGACGCUGUCGCAAUGGGAAACAUUCUCCUGCACCCCUCAAAGCCCGCCUCCACCAUGCUCGUCAUCCAGUACCGCCCUCCUCUGGAUGCAUACACCAUUGAAUGGCCAGCUGGCCUCAUCGACGCCGAGGAGACACCCGAGCAAGCUGCGGUGCGCGAGUUCAAGGAAGAAACAGGCUAUAACUGCAAGGUUCUCAGCGUCAGCCCUGUUCAAUCUGCGGAUCCCGGAAUGAGCAACGCCAACAUGCAGCUGGUCAUGGUCGAGGUUCAACUCAACGAGGACGAAGAGGAGCCAGAGCAGCGAUUAGAUGAUGGAGAGCAUAUCCAGCGAGUGGUUGUGCCUCUUGCUGAGCUGUACGAUCGCCUGGUCGAGUACUCGAAACAGGAGCGAACCGUGGUUGCUGCAAAGCUGUUUCACUUUGCUGCUGGCAUGCACUUUGCCCAGACGCAAAAGUACUUCUAAGACAACUAAACUCUCAUGCACUAUGGCCCGGAGUGUUGAACCGGGAUAGAUCAGGAGACUUUGGAGGAUAGAUUCUUACUCAUAGAGUAUUCUAGAACGCAGCAGGGGGCGCUUCCAACUUCAUUGCCGACAGGUCCUCAGGCACGACUGCAAAUAGAAAAUAGAAAAGGUCCUUUC